AACUCUGUUCGAUUGGUAACUCUGAUAUGCAGGUACUUCAACUUGGACGUGAGGGGUUGGUCUCAUGCCUAAUUUUUGUUUGAUUCUCGGUUACGUUUGUCUCAACAGAGGCAUUUUCCAAAAUUUCAACUGAAGUAAUAAAAUUGGAGCCGCAAAAGCGGGAGCGGCAUGGUGCCGGGGACCUGACCGUAGAAGUGAGCAUCAUGAGGAAGUACUAUCGGCUGAUCCUGUUCAUCUUCCUCUUCAUCAGCACGAUUGCUUUACUUUUUUACUGGCAUGAGUACAACCGACUGCGAUACGUGCUGGAGGUGCUCAACUUCUUUGGCCAGCCACCUGAGGUGUCCGUUACGUCGGAUUGUCUGCUCAACACCUCAUUAUUUUCCACCGAGAAUGUGACCAUCCCUGACAGUAUCACUCCAGUGUGGCACCGCCUGGGCAACGAUCUUUUUGUUUUCUCUGCUUUUUGGGAAGUAGUCGGCAAGAAGGAGCACGUCAAGGUUAUAGGUGUGGCUCGGUAUGCGGCCAGCCUCAAGCUCGGUUGCAGGCUCUGGUACGAAGGGCACGAAUAUUCUUCGGAAGGCCGUAUCAGCCACUCAGUUAUCAACAUGAAGGUGAGCCAUGCCCUGGACGACCCUGACAAGGUCAACCCGUACUUCAUCCUGUGCAGUCCUGAGGUAACUUUGGAUGCGCCGCCGUACGCUGUUGAACUUUACUCGGAAGAACAACAACCUCGCCGAAGUCCAAUCAUCCUCCCUGUCUUGUUCUUGGACCCUAGCCCGGAGCCCUCCAACAACACAACUGUUGUUUGCGUCGUACCCAGCAACCGCAGAAUCACUCCUGCAGAAGUGGCGGAAUUUGUUUCAUUUCACCAGAUUCUAGGCGUGGGCCAAUACAUCAUUUACGACGACGGUCUGCUCACCCCAACAGCCCUUGACAUUCUGAAAGAUAAAAGCCUUGGUUACAAAGCCUCCCUCCUUCCUUGGAACUUUCCUUUCGCUGCGCCAGAAGCCGCCUCCACAGCUUUGAAAUGGGACUGCCUGCUGCGAUCUCUGAGCGUGCGCCCUGUCGGUGUCAUUCAGCUGCAAUGGAAUCAGUUGGCUGUUCCUAGGUAUCACCACACCCUAUCUGCGAUGGUCAGGGAUUUUGACGCUCGCAUCUCGACUGCUCAGUUUGUGCUGACGGCCCUGCACUUUUGCUUUGAGUAUCCUGAGGAGAAGUCUGCAGUGCCAUUCAAGGCCCUCAGGAGGUUCUACCAUGCUGAUCUUAAGCAGGUUAAGGAGGAACCGCAGUUAGUACUGCAGAGGCCGAGUCUAGUUGUGCAAGGAUUGAAGACGCAACAGAGAAUCUCUCCUGGAAUAAUCGCCAUCCACACGUACAUGCACUGCAAUGAGGCAGACAACCAAGCAACACCGCCUCGGAAGUAUGACAACUCCAUUUCAAAGUUCAAGAACGAAUUACAGGAUUCUAGACUUUUGAAGUUGUGGAGCAGGCACCAGGGCUAGGUUGCGAUCUUGCAGGAAUGCCACCUAUUACAAAUCCACUCCGAUUUUCCUUGUCGCGAAAACGCUUGUACAUUUUGUCGGUAUAACUCACCAGAAAUACCACCGCAGCUCACGUAAAACGGGACUUAAACUGUCUGUCGAAAGUAGGGAAGAAUUUUGACACUUGAAAUAGAGGGAAGGGAAAUUUGAGCUAUACCAAUUUAAUGCACCACAUCAAUUGAUUCUUCCACAGCUUGAUGCCUUUAUCAUUAUCUGUAGACUACAGCACUAGUGAUUCCUAGAAUUUUGGAACUACACUUUUACUAAGCUACUCAAAUAUGUUUACUAAAUAGCUUUAAAGAGGGUUAAACACUUAGUAUCCAGUGAAUUUAUUGAAGUUGUCGCAACUUAAAGCAGUAGACAAUAAGUCUGGAUUAAAGAAUUUCGCAAAUUAUAAUGCAAUAUUGAGAAGAGCCUUAUCAAGUAAUUGUUUGCAAGCAGGCAUGCCUGCUCUCAUGGCCAUAAAAUAUAGCUCACAGUGAUUACCUGCAAUGGAUUUGUGAUUUCAGUGUGCAAUAUUAGUUUUCCUGCGUAUUUCUUUCCAACAUUUGGAUGUCAAAUGUUAAAUGAUAGAUUUAUGGAAAUGUUAAAUCUUUUUCAUAAGUGCCGAUAGAUGUUUCAUGUUUUUGCUGUAUGUUAUGUUGAAAGACUGAAAAAUAUUGAUUGUUAUUAUUUUUAUUGAUCAUCAAUGUAAAGAUUGUUUAAUUGCAUUCAAUCAGCAUUCAUUAUUCUAGAAUUCUAAAUAACACAGACGUUGCAUGAAAUUCUUGUAAAUAAUUAAAUAAAGAAGAUUGCGCUUGCACUUCAAUAAAAUUGUUAAAAAAAAUCCAAGUCAUUUGUUGUAAUUAUAAUAAACUUUUAUAACUUA